UACAUGACAUAAUCGCUAUCAAGUUCAGCUAGCAAAACCAACCUCCGUGCAUUUCGUAGAUCGGAAAGUUUUUUCAACAGGUUAAGAAUUUCUUAUUUUAUGAGAGGUCUGGGUGUUCGAUUGUAUAUUUUGAAUAUCAUCUUCAUGUGUCUUUCCUUCGUCGGCUUACCUUCGUAUUCUAGCUAGCAUGGGGAACAAAUCUUCGAAGAGGAAUUUUACCGUGUACGUGAAAACGGGUGACCGUCUGGGCAUGGGCACCGACGAUACAAUCUCGGUCGUCCUUCAAGAUGAAAACGGGCUCAGGUCCGGCAAGUGCCAGCUCGACAACCUCCUGAGCAACGACUUCGAGUCCGGCCGGCUAGAUAGCUUCCAGAUUGCGAUUGAGGAUGGGAAUUUUGGAGACCCUGUCUACAUGGAGCUCCGGCGGGACAAGUGCGGUUUACUCGAUGACGAGUGGUACUGUGAAUUCGUCAGGGUGCUGAGCGAGAAGACCAAUCACGUCCACAUGUUCCCGAUUCAUAGAUGGGUUCGUGCUGGAUGCCCGAUUAAGGUGAAGGAGGACGACGCGGUGCUCCCUCAGGACGACGAAAACGUGAUCCAACGACAGGAAGAGCUCCAAAGGAAGCGAGACAUGUAUGUUCCCGCUUUCAACGAGGCAACGGGAACGAUCUUGAUGGCCAGUCUUCCUAAGGACGAAAAUUUCUCCUUCAGUGACAAGUUUGAUCUCAUGGCGUUGUUGAUGAGACUUAAGCUUGAGCACAAACUGAUAGGAUUUACAUCAGAGAGAUGGGAGUCCUUAGAAGAUCUGGAGAACGUUUACAAACCCCCGCACUUCCCGAAACCAAGUUCAAUGGAAAACUGGAAGUCAGAUAAGGAGUUCGGUAACCAGAGACUAUCCGGAUGCAACCCGGCUAUGAUCCGACUUUGCACGAAGAUACCCCCCAAUUUCGCCGUGGACGACAAGGAUGUUGAACCUCUUCUGGAAGGCCUAACUGUGUCGGAAGCCAUCAAGAAGAAGCGUCUUUUCAUCAUCGAUCUCAAGCUCCUCAAAGACUUGCCUUGUGCAGAUGAGCGAAAGAUCACUGCACCCAUUGCGCUUUUCUUCGUCAACAAAGACAAAUAUUUGAUGCCGGUCGCUAUUCAGUUGAAUCAAGACCCAGCUCCAAACAAUCCGGUGUUCUACCCGACUGAUCCCGAGUACACGUGGAUCUUGGCCAAGUGUUACUUCAACUUGGGCGAUGCUGCCGUCCAUGAGUCGGUUUCCCACAUUGGAUCCACCCAUCUCAUUGGUGAAAUCAUCUGCAUAGCAGCGCAUCGUUCCCUGUCUCCAUCUCAUCCCAUCUUCCGUCUUCUUGCUCCUCACUUCUUGUACCUCCUCGCCAUCAACUACAAAGGUUUAACGCCUUUGCUUGCAACGGGCGAAUUUACCUACAUAAAUAUGACCAUUGGCGCCGUCGGUAUGGCAGAUGUCAUCAAACGCUCCUACUCUACAUGGCGAUUCGACGUGGAGGGCUCCCUUCCGACUGACCUUCUUGUAAGGGGCGUCUCUGACCCUGAAGUGCUACCGAACUACCAUUAUCGUGAUGACGCCUUGCUCCUACGUGGAGCAAUAUACGACUACGUCAAGGAAGUUGUGGACCACCAUUACGAUGUUCCCGGGAAGAUAGCUGCCGACCAUGAAUUGCAGGAAUGGAUCCGGUUCAUGGGGACCAAGCCUAAAUUUGAUGGAGAGGUCAUAGGUCACAUGAAGGGACUUCCUAAUGAUGGCCAUUUUGAAACCGCGGAAGAGAUCACCACCUUUGUUACGGAUUGUAUCUUUAUCUUUAGCGCUGCUCAUGCUGCAGCGAACUUCGGCCAGUAUGAUAACUAUGGUUUUCCCCCGGCCUACCCUCUCUGGAUGAAUGGAUCACCGCCGCAGGAUAAGACUCCUCUCACGGAGGCAGACAUCGUCAAGAAUCUACCCAACAAGGAUCAGACCUUGAACACCAUGGUAUUCACAAAGAUCCUCAGCACCCGAGGCAGCAAGCCUCUGGGAGACUUUGAGGUGCAGUACAUGCAUGGUGCUACCUAUCAAAAGGCCUUGAAGAAAUUCCGAGCUGAACUCAAACGCAUUGGAGACAUAAUCGACAAACGGAAUGAGACAAGAGAAGAGAAGUAUCUUUGGCUUCAUCCACGCGAAGUGCCUAACUCUAUCGCAAUCUAGCUCCUAAAUGUCAAGAGAGAAAAUACAUCAAAUAGCUGUUGACUUUGUUGAGUAAAAAUAGAAUAAAGUUCGUUGUGGAUAGUCGAUCUUUUAAUGGUUAUGGAUUAAUCUUUUGAAGAUACACAUGUACACAGAAUAGAGACUUCGUGAAACACAAGUUUGCGAUUUUCUGCUUGCGUAAAUGUUAGAAAAUGUCUAUUUAGAUAUACGUUAAGAAAAUUCUAACUUUUGAACAGUUUGUUUUUCAAGUCCUAACCUUUAAUUUAAACAAACGUUGUGUUCCUUGAUUAUACAUGCAUUUACAUCGUUCUUUGAUAUUCUGUGGCAUGGUCAUGUUUUUAUAUCUAGUAUAUAUGCUAAGAUUUUGUUUUUACCACGGGGAUUUGCAUGUACUGCAUGUACUCAUUCGUUAUAUUCUGUGUCAUGGUCAUGUUUUUGUAAGCUAAGAAUGUUUGUUUCCACGAGGU